CUGCGCGGGCUUUCCGGCAGACACAAGGUACAAAACAGUGGGGGUUUGUCGGGGGUAAAAACAGAGAGGAACGGUCAUUCCAUUGAGGAAGAUGUGAAAGGCAAGACUUUCUCAGGAAAGCAUGAAAGAGAAGAGAGGUCACAGUAUGGUGAAAGAUCUCUCUGGGUUGUAUGAUGGAAGGACUGGGAAAGGAGAGAUCCAUGUGCAGCGCUAAUCCCUUCCCAUGGCUCAACCACCCCAAAACAGAGGCCUCGACCCUGCUGUGGAAACUCAAAGACUGCUUCUCCACCACCGAAACAACUGCCCCUCAUCACACAGAUAAGCAAAACAAUUACAUGGAGAGCAGAAAGGCUGUGCUGGAAUUGAAAGAUGUCCCUCCUCCACCACCGCACCAUACUUCCUCCCAAUCAUCCCAGCCCUUCUCUCUGGCCCCUCUCCCUUUACCUCAUCCCUGCUUGCCUCCACCACCACAGCUUACACAAGGCUCCCACCAACAGCAACCAUCACUCCAGCAACAAGAGAGUGGUAGCCCCAAAGUAAGCAUUUGCACUCACUGUGACUAUUGCACCACAGAUGGAAAGAGGUUAAUAGAUGGUGGUGGUUUUGUUGGUAGCAAUAGCAACAUUGUCUCCCUCUACAUUCCCCCACGAUCUCUGGGAGCAACCAUCAGCAACAGCAGUAUUAGCAGAUCUGGACCUUGCACUAUUGCCUCAUCUGUUCAUCAGUAUGAAAGUAACCUGAGCUUUGGACGUAGAGGUGAAUCUCUUGAUCCAUUGUUCAGCCUUGGUUACAAACCUCAGCUGUCCUCCACUGUUGCUACCUCUCAGCCCAUUUCUUCACACCCCAACCUCCCCUGUUGCUCAGGGCUUCCUUACACCUGUCCAGCUUUACCUCUUCCAUGCAGUCAGUCCAGCUUGUUCCCCUCCUCAGCCCCUUUGGCUUCCUCUCUUCCCUCUGUCUCUUCUUUCACUGCUCCGGUGCAUGGCUCUUGCCUGGCCUCUUCUGGCUACUACACCUGUGGUGUGGACUACAGCCCGUCAGCCAGAAGAUCCCAGAGAAGUACACUUGGUGACCACCCAACCCCUACCACCAUCACUACUACAACCACCUCAGCACACUUCUGCUCUAAGCCUAUGCACCUAAAUGUAGAACGCACGGUUUGUGUGAAGGGGGCGCACUACUGUCAAGAGUGCUUUUUGAAGCCAAUGAAUGGUCUGGCAUCAGAGUCAGAUAACGUGUGGCCCAAUACUGCACCCAUCCCUAUCCCUAUUUGCAAUGGCUGUGGUACCUCCUCUGAUGGCAUGAUGCUCAUGCCAUCAACCAAGACUGGCCCGAAGUAUGGUUCACCAGAGACUAAUGGUCCUGAGAACAUCCCACCAGUGGGGGUCUUCUGGGACAUUGAGAACUGCAGUGUCCCCAGUGGUCGCUCUGCUGGAGCUGUUGUCCAGCGUAUUCGCAGCCGUUUCUUCCAGGGUCAUCGUGAGGCAGAAUUUAUUUGUGUCUGUGAUAUCAGCAAGGAGUGCAAAGCUGUGAUUCAAGAGCUCAACAACUGCCAGGUUACUGUUGCACAUAUCAACGCCACAGCCAAGAAUGCCGCAGAUGACAAACUUCGCCAGAGCCUUCGGCGCUUUGCUGAUACCCACACUGCACCGGCAACUGUCGUAUUAGUAUCUUCGGAUGUAAACUUUGCAAGUGAGUUGAGUGACCUGCGUCACCGCCAUGGUUUCAAGGUAAUCCUGGUCCAUGGCAAUCAUACAUCUCCAGCUCUACUGCAGCAUGCCCACCACCAUGUGGCCUUUCAAGAAAUCACAGCUGAUCUGCCACCACGAAUGCUUGUCAAAGCACAGCCCAGUUUCAACCUCCUCUAUGUGCACAACCUCCCUGUCAACUGUGACAAGAGCCUACGGAACGCUGUGAAGCUCAGGCUCCGCCGCCUGUCUGACAACUGUGGUGGCAAGGUGCUGGGCAUCGCCCAGGGCACAGCAGUACUCCGGUUUGGCAACCCAGAGACGGCUGCGCGUGCACGCAAACGAAUGGAAAAUGAGGAUGUGUUUGGCCGCCGAAUCAGCCUUUCCUUCUCCCCGCGGCCCAGAGACGAUGCUAGUCCUGAGCCUCAGUCUCAGCCCCAUCCCUUGCCUCGGGCUCUGCCCCAACCCUCACAGUCCCAGGAUUCAGUGUUCCCCCCGCCCCCAUCCAUAUCCUCCUUCUCAUUUCUGCCCCUGGAGAAGCCAAGGUCACCCAGGAGGCCACGGCGAGCAACCCGCCCAUGCCACACCCCUGGCCCAGUGCCUGAAAGGCCCUACAGCCCCAGGAGAGGGUGCAGUGGGCCUCCCGGUGGUGCGCCAGCCAAGCCCCAUCAGGAGCUGGGUAGUGUGGAUGGCAAGUCCAGAAUGGGCUUUCAUCAACUGGAUAAAGGGCGUGCUGCUUCUUCCUCUCCACACGGCACCACUGAGACUGGGUCCAUGGGGCAGCUGCCCAAACCUGGCCUCACUGGAGAAUCCAUGUACAGGAGGAGACGAGAGGGCUCUAAUCCUCGCAGUGCGACCGAAUCUCCCGUGGAACAAGGCGACAGGAAUUCGGGGGAGUUCCAAAUAAGCACCCCUUCAGCUUUCAGCAAGCUGAACCUGCACAGGAGCUUCAGUCCUCUCGUCCUCUCCCAGGGCUCGUGGUCGUCCAGGAGUGCGUCCCCCUGCUUGUCCAGCCGCUCCUCUCCUAUUCUUGCUGCCCCUUGUAGCCCAAGUCUUGAAGGCCAACCCGAGCCAUUCUCAGAGGGGGCAGAGGUCCAGGUGGGCAACCUGGACUACAGAAUGUCCCGCAAGGACCUCCAGCAGACACUGCAUGACACCUUCUCUCGAUAUGGACGGGUGAAAGCUGUAGAGCUUAGUCCUCACACCGACUAUCAGCUGAAGGCCACAGUUCGCAUGUUGUCCCUGCAGCAAGCCAUCAGCGCCGUCAGCGGCCUGCAUCGUUACAAGAUUGGAGGCAAACGCAUCCAGGUGUCUCUGAUCACUGGUGGCAGCAGCAAAUCUCUUGCCUUGCUCAGCACAGAGAUCAUCACUAUACUUCAGGAUGCACCUGCCAGUUGUCUUCCCCUCUUCAAGUUCAAUGAAAUCUAUGAGAAAAAAUAUUCCCGUAAGCUGGUUGUUGGGGAUCUGUACAGACUACCAGAGUUGGUGGCUGUACGGGAACAGGGAGGCUCGAGACUUGUGUGCCUUCUGUCCAGCAGCCAAAUCCGCCAGAGCCCACUGGGAUCUUCUCAGUCCCAGGAGGGCUCCUCUUCUGCGAGUGGAAGCCCUGUGGUGUUUGAGGAGCUUGAGUACCAUGAACCUAUUUGCAGACAACACUACACAAAGCAGAGCUUCAGUGAGGCUGACUUUGACCCAGACUCCUAUCAAAUCCCAUUCGUUCUGAUGUCUCUGAGCACUUUAGCGUCUGAGGUCCACAGUCUGCUCCAGUCACACGAGGGAACCCUUCCACUCCUCAGUUUUCCAGACUGUUAUGCGGCAAAAUUUAGUUCACUGCAACUUGGCAGUGAGACACUGGAGGGUGGUGUUUCCCUGGAGCACCUUAUUACCUGUGUCCCCAGCAUCACGAUAGUCACAGCUCAGAAUGGCUUCAAAGUCAUCAAGUGGAUCCAUAACAAACCACCAGCACCAAACUCUGAGCCGUGGAUCCAGCGCUGCAAAAGUCCAGUGGGAAACCCCCAACUCAUUCAAUUCAGCCGAGAGAUUAUUGACCUCUUGAAGAGUCAGUCAUCUUGCGUCAUGCCCAUCAGCAAGUUUAUACCCUCGUACCACCAUCACUUUGCCAAACAGUGCCGUGUCUCUGACUAUGGUUACUCUAAACUGCUGGAGCUGCUGGAGGCUGUGCCACACGUUCUACAGAUCUUGGGCAUGGGCACAAAGCGUUUACUGACACUGACCCAUCGAGCGCAAGUGAAACGCUUCACCCAAGACCUGCUCAAACUGCUCAAAUUUCAAGCCAGCAAACAAGUGGCGAUCAAGGACUUCAUGCAGGCAUACCACUGGUGCUUCUCCAGAGACUGGAGGGUUAUUGACUAUGGUGUAUGUGAUCUGAUGGAUCUGCUGUCUGAGAUCCCUGAAACCACCAUCACCAUAACACAACAGGCCACAGACACAGUCAUCUCUGUUCCCAAGAGAGAGCGUACCAUGGAUGAGAUGGAGCGCACAAAGCAGUUUGCUAAAGAGGUGGUGGACCUGCUCCGUCACCAGCCUCACUGCCGAAUGCCCUUCAGUAAGUUCAUCCCCACCUAUCACCAUCACUUCGGACGUCAGUGCAAACUCAGCUACUAUGGAUUCACCAAGCUCAUGGAACUUUUUGAAGCAAUCCCUGACGUACUGAUGGUUUUGGAGUGUGGUGAGGAGAAAGUGUUAACUCUGACAGAAGUGGAGCGUAUUAAGGCCUUGGCAGCUCAGCUGGUCAAGUUGCUACGGGCUCAGAAAAACUCCAGCCUUCCCGUCAGCCAGCUACUCCCAGAAUACAGCAAGACCUUCGGUUACGGCCUGCGCCUGCAGGACUAUGAUGCCAGUUCCCUGCCUGCACUGCUGAUCAAACUCUGCCAUGUUGUCAAGGUGGUGGAUGGCUCAGAGGGUAGGGAGGUACAGUUGAUAAACAGGAAGUCUCUUCGCUCGCUAACGUCCCAACUACUGGCCUUGCUCAUGUCCCAAGAGGAGGAGCAUGUUACCAAGGGUAUGAAGGUAGAAGAGUUAAGUCACCAUUACCUGACGGCCCACGGAGUCCAGCUCAACCCAUGUGAAUAUGGGUUCCUCUCCCUCAGCGAAUUACUCAAGAGUUUGCCUUACCUUGUGGAGCUCUACCAUGAAGAAAUGGAUGAGAACAUUGCCACUGGUCAUGGUGAAGAGUCGGUGAGGCUGACCAAGCUUUACCAGUUUGCCCGCAACGUCCGCGCCCUGCUCCACACCUACCAUUACAACCAGAUCUUCCUCACUGAGUUUCAGGGAGCUUACACUAAAUUUACAAGCUGCAGCCUUGAACCACGUUGCCACGGCUACGUCAGCAUCGAUGAGCUGCUCAGUGCCAUACCACAGGUGGUUUGGAUCAAAGGUCAUGGUCACAAGAGGAUUAUCGUUUUGAAGAACGAUAUGAAAGCAAGGGCAUGCUCUUCAGUUCCCAGCAGCCCACAGCCAGAAGAGAACACAGAAGGUCUGAGAGAAAGCCCCAUUAGCAAUCCGAUGUCUGGAUCCCAGAGUCCAGUUGGCGCUGGAGCCACAGAGUCAGAGUUGCUGUGUCUGACUUCUCCGGUGGACCUGCUGUGUGGUCCUGUGCCAUCCUGCUUACCAUCACCUCAACUUUACCCUGACCCUGUUCUUCUCCAGCAGGCAGACCUGAUUCACUUUGAGGAAAGAACUCCACCACCAACUGAGAGCGACGAAGCUGAGGUGGCAGCUGCAGCUGCAGUCACCGACACCACGGCUGAUCCACCUGAGGCGUGCGGCAGAGCGGAAGACGACCCCAUCGCCGCCAAACCUUCAUCAGCUCCCAACAUGAAGACCGCCUUGUCCACGGACAGUCCUGGCAGAAGAGCUGCACGCAGCAGAUUCAAGCUGGCGGCCAACUUCUCUUUCACAACGGGCCUCUGAUCCUGUCUCUCUCACACACACACACACACACACACACACACACAGACACACACACACACAGAUUUCCAGCCCCACGCACACACAAAACAAUACUAAUUCACUCACAGUGUAACUCUAAGUAGAAGAGUUGACCAGCUACACUUAACAAACUACACAGAAAUGAUCACAGAAGCUCAUUGGGAUUGUUCUCUGCAUCCAAACAGACAUGACACGUUCUUAUCUAUCACCCAUCCACCAUCUUUUGGUUUGUUUUUCCUUCAGUGUCUUCUCCCAAAGAUACUCACCAAACUUGUGAGGUUUCCUUUUUGCAGACUUUCUGCAAUUCCUUUAAUUUGCCAAAUUUCACCCACCAUAACAUAAAUGUUUGAUUUCAUUCAUUGUUUGGGAAGUUGAAUUUAAAAUCUGUUAUUGUGCAUCUUCAGUUUAGAUCCACGUUAUGUCGAGGAAAAAAAACAAAAAAAAAACGGAGAAAAAAAAACGUGCUGUCUCGCAGACGAGGAAUGGAACUGAGUUAGUUGUCACUGUUUUGUAGUUAACCGUUAACGAUGGGAGGAAAAGCUAGAUGUAAUUGACCCCAUGUUCGAAAUGAAUUCACAAGUUUCAAGUGAAGGUUCACGCCACUUGUUAAUGAACCACACUGAGAAACCUUCAACGACGCUCCAACGCCGUGUCCUCGGAAACAAGAAAUAUUUAAUUUUCCCCACUCAUUUUUGAACAAAUUUCAAAUUUUUUGGAGGUUUUAGUUCAUAGCUUAGCCCAGACAUGGUCAUUCAAACUGGCGACUAAGCCCCUGCCAGUUUCAUUCUUUUUAGUCUUGUCUUGAGCGGGACGAUUGACUGCCGUACGCUGCUCAAGAGGUAGCUUCUCCUUGAGGUAUGUUCUCAUCUUUUUGUCUCUGUUGAAAAGUAGCCUAAGGACGGUGUUUUCAGUUCCUUUUUUAUAUAAUGCAGAGUAUUCAGGAGACUGUUUGGUUGGUUUGGCCUGAAUGCGUGGUGAUUGUGGUGGUUAUUCAUUCAUGAAACUGAAGAGGAAAAACUGUUAAACGUAAGCAAACAGUCCUCCAACGUUUUCAGUUGAAAUUGCAACCAUCACUUUCUUGUAGUUCUCUCUCUCUCUCUCUCUCUCUCCAAGGCCACUAAGAAAGGCCUGAAAGUGAAAAGGUGGCUCUUGCUUUACUCCAGCCAUGUGUCGGGCGUGUGCUUCGGCAGCAGGAAGCGACAUACUUUCAGCCAGCAGCCCAGUGUGUGUUUGUGUUCACUUCGCCAUAUUUUGUCUGUGUGUGGUUUACACUGGAGUAGGUGGUGUGAAAUGUGCAUGUUGUGCAUAAAUGAGUUUUAUGCAUGGUGUAAGCCCAGGAGGAGCGGACGGGUAUGGAUCAUACCGAGGCGUUCUUUAAGAUCACUUUUUUCUUCUUCUUUAUUUCCACCAUGUUUUAAGGAUCUUAGAGUUGGCGUCACCCUCUGCGCUCGCCACACAAAGGCUCAGGGUUUUUCUUACAUGAACCUUGUUGCCGACAGGUGGCGUUUUUAGUGGUGGUGUCCACACUGUCUGAGUUGUUGUUGUUCAAGGGGAGCAAUAAGCACUCCUGAGAUUAUUAUUUUUGUGAUUUGUAAUGAUGAUGUGAAUGGUUGUGAGGUUUUUUUAGGGAAAGGUGAUGUGAGGGGAGGUGAUGGGCUGUUUUGUGGAGCAGCAUGGCGGCUCUGAGGAGCCUCCUGAACUGACUGUGACGUACGCUCAGAGGACCCGCUGUGGCUCUCUGGAAUCUGCCUGGCUUUUACAAUGGCUUGUAUUUGCCGCGGUGCCAAAGGAAUUGCCGUCGUGCCCCCCCUUCUUAUCCCUUACGUCCCACGUAGAGGAGUUUUUACUUGCUUGUGUGUGUGUAUGUUGUGUUUUCUCAGUUUUCCUCCUGUCUCAUGUGUUUACAAGACUGCUGGCUGCUCAAAGUGCCACCAACUGAGGUCGGCUGUCUGAAGCUUAGCGUGACCGUGACCCAUGUGCUGUUGAAAGAAUGGGUAAGGGCCCAUUCAGUGUGUUUCAGUGUUCAACAGUGUUCUACCAUUGUCAGGUUCCACCUGCCGACUCCCCCCCCCAGAAUGUCUGACACACCAGUCUCAUUGUUUUUAAAUAUAAUGUUGUACUGCCUGUCUGGAAGCCUCUUUAAUUAGGGAAUAAGCAUUUUAGGAGUAAUUGUUAAUUUGGAGAAAUUGAUGAUAAAUGCUCACAGGAAAUGUCUAGAUUUAUAAAAGUAUUAAAGCGUUAAGUUAUUGUGGGUCAAACGUAGCACUCCCCCCCCCCCCCCCCCCCCCCCAAAGUACUGCAGUGACAACUAACUCAUGUGUUUGUUGUAGCUUCCCUAUUGAAAGCCUUCUCUUGUUACUCGGUUACAUCAGUGAGAAGCUAUUGUACCUGUCAAAAUAUGCACUUCUGCAUAGUUUUGGUUCAUGAAAUUCAUGUUUUUCUGUUUUGGUGAGAGCUUAAAAAAAGCCUCUGUUCAAAAUAACAGUGUCACUAGUGUCUUUUUUCUGUUUUUACAUGACAGUUGCAGAGUCUUGCAGUCGGCACUGCAGUGCUCUGAAACUACUGUCUUGUAAUAACACAUUGUUAUUACACCUCCUUAACAGUUGUCUCCCCCCCUCCCCCCACUGUUUUAUUGGCUCACCACAACGAAAGUUGCCGUCAACAGUUCUAACAUUGAAGGGACCAACAAGAUUUAUGUUAAUAAAUUUCACAAGCAUCA